CGCUGACGUAAUGCUAUUUCCUUCUUCCGGUACCUGCUUAUGCUAAAAUCCAGUUGUACUGUUGUCUUUUGUCACGGGCUGUUUUAAUCCAAAAGGGGAUUUCGGGUAUUUUUAUGAGUAAUCAAAGGCAACAGAAGCCUACGCUAACAGGCCAGCGUUUCAAAACAAGAAAAAGAGAUGAAAAAGAGAGAUUUGACCCUACCCAGUUUCAGGAAAGUAUUGUCCAAGGUCUGAACCAAACUGGCACUGAUCUGGAAGCUGUCGCAAAAUUCCUUGACUCUUCCGGUGCCAAGCUUGACUACCGGCGAUAUGCUGAGACUCUCUUUGACAUCCUGGUGGCGGGUGGCAUGCUGGAACCAGGAGGGACUCUGACAGAUGUACCCUGUGCAGAGUUCUGUGUCUUCAAAGCACAGGAGGACAUGGAGACCAUGCAAGCAUACGCACAGGUCUUCAACAAGCUUAUCAGGCGUUACAAAUACUUGGAAAAGGGAUUUGAGGAGGAAAUCAAAAAGCUGCUCUUGUUUCUCAAGGGCUUCACAGAGUCUGACCGCAACAAACUGGCCAUGCUAACAGGGAUUCUGCUAGCCAAUGGCAAUCUCCCUGCCUCCAUUCUCAGCAGUCUCUUCAAUGAGAACCUGGUCAAAGAAGGUGUUUCGGCAUGCUUUGCCGUAAAACUCUUCAAAUCCUGGCUUUCGGAGAAGGACAUAAAUUCAGUCGCUGGCAGUCUUCGAAAGGUUGGCAUGGACAACAGACUCAUGGAACUGUUUCCUGCCAACAAGCGCAGCAGUGAACACUUCUCUAAGUACUUCAAUGAUGCCGGGCUUAAGGAGCUUUCAGACUUCGCCAAAAACCAGCAGUCUAUAGGUGCCCGCAAAGAGCUACAGAAAGAGAUACAGGAUCUGAUGUCGCGUGGGGACCCCCUCAAGGAUAUUAUCGCAUACGCUCGAGAGGAAAUGAAGAAGAACAACAUCUCGGAGCAGACAAUGAUUGGACUGAUGUGGGCCAGCGUGAUGAGCUCAGUGGAGUGGAACAAGAAGGAGGAGCUGGUUGCAGAACAAGCCAUCAAACAUCUAAAGCAAUACAGCCCACUGUUGAAGGCUUUCACCAGCCAGGGCCUCUCAGAACUUACCCUUCUGCUGAAGGUCCAGGAAUACUGCUACGACAACAUCCACUUCAUGAAGGCCUUCCAGAAAAUCGUCGUUCUGUUCUACAAAGCGGAUGUCUUAAGUGAAGACACUAUCCUGAAGUGGUACAACGAAGCCCAUGUAGCCAAAGGAAAAAGUGUUUUCAUUGAACAGAUGAAAACGUUCGUGCAGUGGCUCAAGAACGCAGAGGAAGAGUCUGAAUCUGAGGAAGAGGAUGCAGACUGAGGAUUUUUAACAACCUCCUUGGUUUUAAAUGAACCUAACACCAGAUGCUGUCUGUGGAUGUUUUCCAUUUUCCCUGUCUAUUCUCUACCUCUGCCUAUCUUUGUUCAACUGUCACAGAAGGGCUUUAAUAUUUCUUGGACUUGCCUCUUUAAAUCAAUACUUGUACUUCUCUUUUUACUCCUCGAAGAGCCAUUCUCAGUGCCAGAUUUAGGUUAAAUGUAUUGAAAGUCCUUUCUCAUAACAAAGAGAAGAUUUUGUUUCCCCCUCAAAGACGGAUCCCUUUAGAAUUGGGCAGUUUGAUGACAGACCUUUUAUUUGCCAGUGGUUCUUCUAUGGAGCCAUGAUUUGCUGGUCGUCUGAAAGAAAAAACAGAUUUUGUGACCUUGUCUUUACAUUUCUGCCAGGUAUAUGAAUGACAGCAUCAAAUUGACUGCCAUUUUUUUUUUUUUUUUUUUACAUUCUGCCACUAACAUUGGCAACGGACCUGUGCCAGUUGAAACAGCAAUUAUGGCAGUAAUUUUGCCCUAUAAAAAAAGUUUCAUAAAUCUCAUGUAAUAAAUCCAUGCAGGCUUUGUAGGGGUUUUCUCCCUUUAUCACAAAUAAAAAAAAAUUAAUCACAA